AUGCUUUUGAAUGAGCAAAAUUUAAUGAAUGAAUCCUCUGUGUCUGACUUUCUUCUCCUGGAAUUCUCAAAAAUUCGAGAACUGCAGAUUCUGCACUUCCUUGCCUUUCUUGUUUUCUACCUGGCAGCAGUGGCAGGAAAUGUCCUCAUCAUCUCUGCAGUUGUCUCUAAUCACCGCUUACAUACCCCCAUGUACUUUUUUCUGAUGAACUUGGCCAUGCAGGAUGUGGGCCAAGUUUCAGUCAUUUUCCCCAAAUCCAUGUUCAAUGCUCUCUUAAAUUCGAGACAUAUUUCUUAUUCUGGAUGUGUUGCUCAAGUCUUCCUGUUUCUCUUUUUUUUAGCAGCUGAUUUCUCUCUUCUGACAGUCAUGGCGUACGAUCGGUACAUUGCUAUUUGCAAACCAUUACAAUAUGAGAUGUUGAUGAAUAAGCAAGCCUGCAUUCAAAUGAUGUGUGCUGUAUGGAUUGUCAGCAUUUUCUAUGGUGUGUUACACACUGGAGGCACCUUUGCAUCCCCCUUUUGCUCAAAUGUUGUCAAUCAGUUUUUCUGUGAAAUCCCAGAGUUACUUAAGCUUGCCUGCUCUGACUUGUACCUAAUAGAAAUUGGUGCUGUUGUGUUAAGCGCUAGUGUUGGGUUAGGCUGUUUUGUUUUUAUUGUUGUGAGUUAUGUACACAUCUUCAUGGCAGUGCUGAGAAUCCCCUCUGUGCAGGGAAGGCAAAAAGCUUUCUCCACAUGCCUUCCCCAUCUCGUUGUUUUCUCCAUAUUUGCAUCCACGGGAUAUUUUUCUUACCUCAAGCCCACUUCUAAUUCCACCUCACAUCUGGAUUUGGCAUUUACUCUGAUAUAUUCCAUGGUCCCACCAUUGAUGAAUCCAAUAAUCUACAGCAUGAGGAACAAGGAGAUAAAACGUUCGCUAUCUAAGCUAUUGGUUUUGAGAUACUUUUCUAGGAAUAACUUCUCUAUUCUUGUUCUGCAAAGAUGA